UGGCUCAGGAAAUGGGAUAGAGACGAGAGAGAGGGGGGGGAAGAAGAAGAAGAAGAGUUUGGUGGAUUCUUCUUCUCUCUGGAACAAGAAAAACCAAAACCACGACUUGAUUGAAAUUUUAUUUUUUUCAAAAAUCCAGAGGUUUUGGUUUGAUCGCCUUCUUGCUUGGCGGGUGACCAACAUAAUUAAUCAAGGAGAAAUGGAGGAAACAAUGGCAGCUAGGUAUUGGUGCUACAGGUGUUCUCAAAUGGUGAACCCCGUCAUGGGAGCAGAUAUGAAAUGCCCUUUGUGUCAAUGCGGAUUCAUUGAGGAAAUUGAUGGCACCACAAGGGACAGUCAUGAAGCUGAUUCUGAAUUCGGAUCUGAUCGUCCUCUCUCCCUCUGGGCUCCAAUCUUGAUGGGGAUGAUGAACAAUCCCCGCCGCAGUAGACGACGCAGAUUGAGGCGACUAGACUUUGAUGAGGAUGAGGAUGAUGAUAAUGACAAUGACAAUGAUGAUGCCCUUGGCGGAGACACUGAACUCGACAGAGAACUUGAAUCUAUCAUCCGAAGGAGAAGGAGAAGCUCAUCCACCAUUCUUCAACUGCUUCGAGGCAUUCGAGCAGCUGGCUUGGCAUCUGAAUCAGAUAAUUCUGAGAGUGAUAGGGACAGAGAGAGGGAAAGGGAAAGGGAAAGGGAACGCCUGAUUCUUAUCAAUCCUUUCAAUCAAACCAUCAUCCUUCAUGGUUCUUAUGAUUCAAGUCAGGGUCAAAACAACAAUCACACUCCUAUAGGUUCCUUGGGUGAUUAUUUCAUUGGGCCUGGUCUGGACUUAUUGCUGCAACAUUUGGCAGAGAAUGAUCCUAAUAGAUAUGGAACUCCGCCGGCACAAAAGGAGGCAGUGGAAGCUCUCCCCACUGUGACAAUUAAGGAGAAUUUGCAGUGUUCUGUGUGCUUGGAUGAUUUGGAGAUUGGGGUUGAGGCAAAAGAAAUGCCAUGCAAACAUAAAUUUCAUGGGAAGUGUAUUCUGCCAUGGCUGGAGCUUCAUAGUUCCUGCCCAGUUUGCAGGUUUCAGUUGCCUGCUGACGAAGUCAAACACGAUGACGAUAAUUCUAGGAACAGCAGUAACCAGAGGGGUAAUGAGAACAUCGGGGGUGAAGAGGAAGAGGGAGAGGGAGAGGGAGAGGGAGAGGGAGAGGGAGAGGGAGAGGGAGAGGGAGAUGGGGAUGGGGAUAGAAUCGGGAAUGGGAGAAACGGAAGUGGCAGAAGGUUUCAAAUGCCUUGGCCUUUCAAUCUGUUUUCGUCCACAGAAUCUCAAUCUAGUGGCAGCGGGGGUAAUUCUUCCUUAUCGGCAAAUGCAACUGGAAGUGGGAGCAGGAGUGCUUCAUCUCAGACUGAUGACCAUUAAAUUGUAGUAGGCUUCCACCAGUUCCUCCUAUUAUCACCGUUAUACAUAUUGUGUUCUUGUUCAUGAUGUGGAUUCAAAUCUCCAAUGGUCUUCUGCGCGGCUGCCUGUGUACAUAGUAUCUUACUUGAAUGUCAAACAAACGAGGUCUUUUGUAGAUGUCACGGCCUCAUGGAACAAUUUCUUCUGUUGCUAUUUUUCCUUGAUUUUCUGUAGUAAAUUCAUGUGCAUUUGCUAUACCAAUUCAUGCUUUCCUCUA